AAAUAUUACCAUUUCCGCUACUUUGUCUUUUUUUUUUGCCAAUACAGCUAGGUUUUCCUUUGCCAAGGGACACCCCACGCACGAUUUGUGAGGGGGGAAAUAGAGAUAAAUUUGUGGUACGAAGGAGGGGGAAAGGGAAUCAAUCAUGCCACCAGGUUCUAAGAAAAGAAAAGCUGCCAAGAAAAAGAAGAAGAUCGGUUCAUCAUCUACCAACAACCUACGUGGACAUGAUGAUCCGAAAAGCCAAGAUGAAAGGGACAGUGAUGCUAGUUCCUAUGUAUCUCAGGAUGACCGCACUCACCAGCAUGCAUUCAGUCAGAGUGAAGAUGAAGGAAAAAUAUCAAAAUCACAUGUAACUGAGGUGAAGCAUGUGGAGAAGACCACUAAAGAUGCAGAAAGAACCGAGAAAUCGGGAUCAGACAAUGUUGAUUUUAAAAUCGGAAAAGGAUUGGAGCCAAAGAAUGAUAUUGAGAACACACACGUUUCUAUUCAGCAUGUGAAGCGCGAUAAGAGCUCUAGCAGCAGCAGCAGUAGUAGUGGAAAGAGUAGCUGCAGUAGUUCGGAUGAUGAAUCUCAAGCCUUUAAGAUGAAGUCGAAGGAAGAAGCCUCAUAUGAUACCCUGGAUAAGACUACUACUGUUUUGUCUGUAGUACCAAAGGUUACUGAAAAUGUAACGUUUGAGAAUGGUGGAAGUAAUUCUGCGGGGAAGACUGUUGCUGUUGAUGGUUCGGUAAAAACUGCGUUAUCUAUGCCAGAGAAAACAGACAUUUCUGCAAAGAAUUCACUACCUGAUGCAGUUGAAUCAGGUUUGAAGGCAAGUGAAGAGAAUUUGUUGCCCUCGUCAAAUGGGAUUUCUGGGAUUGAAUUGGAAGGAGCUGAAGGAAAAAAUUUCUCAUCUUCAGAUAUUCCUACGACUGAAAGUAGUGAUGUUGCAGAAACAAACCGAACAUUAGAGCCUGAUGAGCAUUCUGAAAAGCAGCCUCUUGUUGCUUCUACUCCUCCACCGGUGCAAAGAACCUCAUGCUUAGGUUGCUGUGGAUUGUUUGAAGUUUUACUGGUUCUGGGAGAUAAUUGAAGUUUCGAAUCAUCCGCCAAGUUAGAUAAACCAUAUUAUACUUUCUUUAUAGUUUGCAAAACUGAGUGUUUGAGAUAUACUGAGGAGGUCAUAUCCUUUGUCCUGUUGUGGGUGUAUGAAACGAGAACUUUAGAUCCCCAAUUUAUUGCUUGCCAUUUGAUUUUUUUGUCUUCUUUUUUCGGUCAUCUGGAAUUCUUUUCCGAUUUGCAAUGAUAUUGCUUUCAACCUC